UGAGGAAGAUUUCUGAUCAGGCCAGUCCUUCUCGAAAUGGCCUGUUAUUGCUUGCUUGCUGUCAGUCACCAUAUUCCGUGACACGGUUUGGUAGAUUCACCAGGCUUGGACUCCGACGGCCGACACGCACACCCGGUAUCCUCUUUUCUCUGGUGACCACCGUUGGUUGCCACAAGUCCAAGGCCAAGUCAGUGUUCUGAGUAUCUGUACGAAUACUGUACUGUACUGUACACCAGGCAGUGGUACACUCAUCAUACGCUGGACUUUGAACUCUACUAAAAAUUAAUUUAUUCUUCAUUCAGUAAAUUGUUCUGUAGUUCAGCUAAUCGUGUUAGGAGUUACUACAACCACAGAGAAUGCCCACUUGUUGAAGGGCUGUGGCGUAUUUAUAUUGGUAUCGUGAUUAGUGACUGCAAUGGCGUCAGUAGAAUCACCAGAAAAGCUCUGGUCGCCGCCUGAUGGCGUUCGAACUCAAAUGGAUGAGUUCAGAAUCGAGGCGUCUCGCAAGUUUAACCUUGAUCUCGGUAAUUACAAUGACUUGUAUCACUGGUCUUGUGAACACUAUGACCAGUUCUGGGAUGAGUUUUUCCGCUAUAGCAAGAUCGUCCACUCUGCACCGUACACUACGGUUGUUGAUACAUCGCUGAAUGUCAGUCAGAAGCCCAAGUGGUUCGACGGCUGUCGGUUGAACUACGCAGAGAACUUGCUGCGGCAUCGGAACAGUGACCGCACCGCCGUGAUCUUUGCUGGCGAGGGUAGGAAGACGGAGCACAUUUCCUUCUCUCAGCUCUACUCGCGAGUGCAGCAGUUGGCUGUCGCGUUGAAGGCAGCCGGUGUGAACGAGGGCGACCGUGUUGCCGGUUACCUGCCAAACUGUCCGAUGGCUCUCGAAGCUAUGCUGGCCACGACAAUGCUGGGCGGCGUGUGGAGUUCGGCGUCGCCUGAUUUUGGUGUUUCGGGUGUGUUGGAGAGGUUCUGUCAGAUUUCACCAAAGAUUUUGUUCUCCGUCAACGCAGUGAUCUACAAUGCAAAGAGCCACGAUCACUUAGAGAAGCUGACCAGUGUUGUUGAGGGUUUACCAUCACUGGAGAAAGUUGUGGUGUUGGACUAUACAGAGAUGUCUGCGCCCAUGGAUAUCUCCAAUAUCUCGAAUGCGGUAAGCUUCACUUCCUUCUUGUCGUCAGCCGUUGCUUCACAAGCAGACAGCAGUGGUGACGAGGUGGCCUUCACCCAGGUCCCAUUCGACCAUCCUCUCUUCAUCAUGUUCAGCAGCGGCACAACAGGAAAGCCAAAGUGCAUGGUGCACUCUGUCGGUGGCACUCUCAUACAGCACCUGAAGGAGCAUCUUCUCCAUGGGAACAUGACGCAGAAUGACAUCAUCAUGUACUAUACAACGACCGGCUGGAUGAUGUGGAAUUGGCUGGUAACAUCAUUGGCUACCGGAGCGGCCAUUGUGUUGUACGAUGGGUCGCCGUUCAAGCCCACACCUUACGCACUCUGGGAUUUGGUGGAUGAGAUCGGAAUUACUAUUCUGGGAACCGGUGCGAAGUGGCUCUCUGCGCUGGAAGACCGGGACAUCAAGCCUGUUGAAUCUCACAGCCUGAAGACUCUACACACCAUCCUGUCAACAGGCUCACCACUAAAGCCGAUGAGCUAUAGCUAUGUAUACCGUGCCAUCAAGUCUGAUCUUCUCCUGGGCUCGAUCACCGGAGGGACCGAUCUCAUCUCGUGCUUCGCCGGACAAAACCCCAGCGUCCCCGUGUAUCGCGGUGAAAUCCAGUCGCGCAAUCUGGCCAUGGCUGUCGAAUGCUGGAGCCACGAAGGAAAGCCUGUGUUUGACGAGAGCGGAGAGUUGGUUUGCACAAAGCCGUUCCCGUCCAUGCCCACCGCUUUUCUCAACGACCCGGACGGCAGCAAGUACGACAAGGCGUACUUCCUGCGCUUUCCCGGUGUAUGGCAUCAUGGUGACUACUGCACCCUCAGCUCAACCACUGGUGGUAUUCUGAUGCAGGGUAGAAGUGACGGCACACUCAAUCCAAGCGGAGUACGAUUUGGUAGCUCGGAGAUCUACAAUGUUGUCGAGGCGUUCGCGGAAGUGGAAGACAGCCUGUGCGUUGGACAAGCUUACCAGGAAGAUGAGCGCGUCGUUUUGUUCGUGAAGAUGGCCGAUACUCACAGUUUCUCGCCGGAGUUCCGAGCCAAGCUGCAGGUGCAGAUCCGCAGUCAGCUAUCGGCGCGGCAUGUACCGACGUUCAUCUUGCCAAUACCCGAUAUACCCUAUACUGUGAGUGGCAAGAAAGUCGAAGUCGCCGUCAAGAAAAUCCUCUCCGGCCACUCGGCAGCCGCUCAGGAGGGCGCCUUGCGCAAUCCGCAGAGCUUGCAGUGCUACGUCGACAUUCCCGAGCUCAAGGUCUGAGGCUGAUCCGCAGGGCUUGCGAUGCUACAUCGACAUUCCCGAGCUCAAGGUCCGAGGCUGAUCUUGUAGCGCAUGGCACGCCACUGUACUUGGCAUACGUGCACAUGCUUGUGUUCUUUUCUUAGUUACCCCCCCCCCCCCCCCCCACCCUCCCCGAGUAAGCCGGCACGUGUGACGUUUUCCUUGCUAUUGAACAGCUGUGCCGUUCGAUUGUCGUCCCGUGCAACGUGACACCAUGGUCGCUCUAGGACAGCUGGGCAGCCAGGUCAUGCUGAUCAUGCCAUUCGGUAUCCUGUACCGAGCGUGUAGCCCGUCCGUAUACACUCUUCAGGCGGACGAUGCGACUCCUAGCUCCCACCACCACCACCACCGGCCGCCAUCACUUCUGAGUGAGUGCCAGAUGUCACCACGUUCCCCUGCAGUGUAGGGUUGAGCGCAGUCGGCGUUUCGCCGGUGUCUUUCUCCAGUAUCGCUUAGCACAACAUACCACCCCCCCCCCCCCCACACACAGGCCCCUAUGCAUUGCAUCUAGUAGUUUAGAAUUUGUUUUCUCGAACUGUCAACGCGCGAUUCGUCGCGCCGCACGCUUUGCAGCCCGGCGCCGCUACAAGCAGCUAAUUGCACUACGCAUUGCGGGGGGGGGGGGGGGGGGGGGGAUGUCGGGCUCUGCACUGCACCACGUGUUACCCACUGCGCAUGCUCCGGCGAUUUUCCAUUGUGUUGGUACUUUACCGCCUGUUGUAGGUAUUGUUAUUCGAAAUCUUCAUUUUGUUAAAAUUUGGUUUGUGACCAACAUCGGCUCACACUCAAUCACUGCUUUUCACCAGAAAAAUAUUUUAAUUCAACGUUUCAGUCUUGAAAUAGCCAUCAUCAAUUCAUUUUGUUGUUCUUGUUUUUUUGUUGUUGUUGCUGCUGCUGCUGUUUUGUCUCAUCACGCAUUUUCUCCACUUACUCUAUUGUCAAAUUUCUAUGUCGCUGUGGGUAUGUCGACGGCCUGGGCGAUUCCCCGGGUGCGUGCCUGACGAACACACUGCGCCAUGCAUGUUCGCAAGAUGUUGCGGCGCGGGCAAGCGUCAUGCAGCUGCUGCCUGUGUAUUUAGGUACCUCUCAUAUUUUCUUUGUGUUGUGUGUUUGACCAACAUUCCCGCAUUACUGGUUCAGGCAUUUUCUAAUUUCGAUAUUCAAGCUUUUUCCAAAUUAUUUUUCUAGGCCUCACAGUAGUCAAGGCAACCGUGAAGUUA